UUCCGCUUCCGCGUUUCGCCCACCGUUUGCGUGGAGAGUCACUGUGAUGCGAGGGAGCCGUUGAUCGCGUCGAGAGCGCGCUUCACGUUACUGUCCGGAUCCGUCGCUCCUCCUGCAGUCAUGUCGGCCGUGCAGCGGAUGAAAGUGGCCAAUGAGAAGCACAGCAAGACGAUCACACAGCGCGGACACGUGCAGAAAACCACGCGCGUGGUGAACGAGGAGAAGUCUCCCGUGGGACCCUGGCUGCUCGCCCUCUUUGUGUUCGUGGUGUGCGGCUCAGCCAUCUUCCAGAUCAUCCAAAGCAUCAGGCAGGGCUUGUGAUGGCAGCCACGGAGAAGCUGUGGCCCCCUGCGACCCUCCGACCAGAAGCCCCUCCUCCACCAAAUCACCCAUCUCCACUUUGAAGCUGUUCUUAUAAACUAUUUGCCACUGCUGUCCUCUGAAGUGCCCCGGUUCGCCCCAUGUUACGCCUGGCCACGAUAAUGAAAGGCGGCCAGUUCAAAGUUCAGCCCCGGUCCUGGUACCCCCCUCCUCCCGGAUGCAGUCAUUGUGCUUUGCUGAGAUGUGGACUGAGUACGUGCUGCAAUUGUGAUGGCGUUACUGCAGCGCGUUGAGCCGCAGCGCUCGUUGUCUGUUAUUACUGUAAUACUGGAAAGAUGAGCGGAGAAGUUGUUCGCUUCCAGCACUCGCUGCUUCCGUUAGAGCUCUUCAUGAGGGGUCACGUGUUCCAUGUAAACAUGGACAAUCACUCCAGAAGAGUAAAGUGCUCAUUUCUUCUGCUUUGCAUUUUCAACCAUUUCUUGAGAACAAGUCAAAUUGCAGCUGUUGAGAAAUGGCACAACAGGGGUGUUCUCCAGGAGCUUGGCUGAAGUUCCCGUGCUUUUCUCAUCUGUCUCACACAUGGAUACAUACGCCUGCACGCACACGCUCUGAGUUCAAAGUUACAGCUACCUUAAGUGUAUACAUGUUUGCGAAGCAGAAAUUACUGAACAUUAUUUGUCUGUUGGGGGGAGGGGUUACUGAAGGCAGGCUUCAAUACUCUAACAAGUCCUACUGUAUAUAGAUGAGCAGUUAAAGAUUUAAAUUCUCUUAGAGGAACAGCUGCAUCUACAGCCUUUUUGGCUUGUAAGUCAGUUCUCCUUAAAUUAUUUCCCUAGAACUCAAGGUAUCGUUUUAUUAAUGUGAGCCAGGAGCAGGUGGCAGUAGUUCUGAUGAAGGAUUGCCUCUCACUAUUUAAACUUUUAACUCAAAAACAAUUUUGUUCUGUUCUGGUCUUUAUACGACUUUGUAAAGCCACUCUAGAAAGGAGGAAACCAGCGAACUUGAAAAUAAACAGUGACUCUUGUCGAUGUG